AAUGAUAGUAUGAAAGUCCACAUGGAAACCCCGAAUAUUUGAGAGUAAAACACCAAGCAUUUCAUGACUUUCUCUCCAUCCCAUCUUUGUCAUCUUCAGUUCAUUUCAUUUCCUUUCCUUUCCUUUCCUUCUCUCUCUCAAGGGUUCUCUGUCCAUCUCUCUCUCCUCUCACAUCAUGAACUGAGAUCUAAAAAUUCACGGCAUGGAUCCAUGGGUAAGAAAAUGAACAAGAGGGAGAAAAAGAAGAUAAAGGAACACUUCGACAUGAUUGGGUACGUAACAGAUGCCUACUAUGGGAUUCCAAGCCGUUUCCCAUGUGGGGAACGAGUAAUCAACGAGGUUUCUCCAAAACCAAAGUAUCCAACAGAUUUUGAUAUUUUCAUGGGAGUAGAUACUUCACAUGCGAGGACUUCGAGAACGAUGGCAUCCACUUUCAUCAACCAAGGGUUAUCGGUGUCUAGGAAGAGGUUCAUCAAUUAAGGAAGCAUAUGAAUAAGAUGGCUCAUGAGAUUGCAGAGCUUAAGGAGCUUAUAUCCCGUCUUCCAAGAGCUUCGUUGUAUGAAUUUAUGUUCUAUGUUUGUUUUAUUAUGACUCGUCUAUGGCUAACUUGUUUAACCAUUUCUUACGUUGUUAUCGUUCAAACUGUUCAACGGUUAAUUUGUAUUCGGAUCUUAGUUGUUUUGAUUUGUUAAACAAAGUUCUUCUUAGUUUUAUUA